UAUGGCGAAUUGCUGUCAGUCCGUCGUGUCGUCAGAUUGUCGAACUUGAUCUGAUUUAUUUUCUAUAUUUUAAGCACGGAAGUAAAUUAUAAAAUAAAUUGCCGUGAGGACUAGUCCGGUGCACGCGGAGUGCUAAUGCAAUUGGCAUUAAGUAAUCGCGAUUUCGUUUCGAUUGUGCUGCACAAAGGUCGGGCCGCCGACUCCGCCGUGUGCAUGAGUAUUGUACCAAUCGCUCCCCCUAAUAUGAUUUUGUGAAGAAUAUCGACGACCAGCAGCUGAAAGACCGACAACGUUGAUAUCGACAUCAUCACUUACAUCAGCAUCGAGGAUUCUACCUUCCUUCGAUCAUUAUAAGCAUAAAGACGACAAAAUAGCUUCGAAUAGGUGCCAAUACUUGGCGAUGCCUGGAAGUCGUUCGAGUACGACUGACCAAGAAUUAAGUAGAUCGCCUAGAGAAAGCGGUGAAGACUCUGAAGAUGAAAGCGAAAUACUUGAGGAAAGUCCAUGCGGCCGAUGGCUCAAGCGUCGCGAAGAGGUCGAACAAAGAGAUGUACCAGGAAUCGACUGUGCUCACUUGGCUAUGGAUACCGAAGAGGGUGUAGAGGUGGUAUGGAAUGAAGUUCAAUUUUCGGAACGUAAAAAUUUCAAAGCGCAAGAGGAAAAAAUACAGCAGGUUUUUGAAAAUCUAACACAGCUAGAGCAUCCUAACAUAGUGAAAUUUCAUCGAUAUUGGACCGAUACUCAUAAUGACAAACCUCGGGUCAUAUUCAUUACGGAGUAUAUGUCUUCGGGAUCCUUGAAACAAUUUUUAAAGAGAACAAAACGCAACGUUAAAAGGCUGCCGCUACAGGCGUGGAAAAGAUGGUGUACUCAAAUUCUGUCUGCUCUAAGCUACUUGCAUUCCUGCUCGCCGCCUAUUAUACAUGGCAACUUGACCUGUGAUACAAUAUUUAUUCAACAUAAUGGUUUAGUUAAAAUUGGUAGUGUAGCUCCAGAUGCAAUUCAUCAUCAUGUGAAAACAUGUAGAGAAAAUAUGAAAAAUAUGCACUUUAUAGCUCCAGAAUAUGGAUCUGCUUUAACUCCUGCCAUUGAUAUCUUUUCGUUUGGAAUGUGCGCUUUAGAAAUGGCUGCUUUAGAAAUCCAAGGCAACGGUGAUUCGGGAACCUUAGUCACGGAAGAGAACAUAACUCGCACCAUAGAAAGUCUUGAUGACGAACAACAGAAGGACUUUAUUUUCAAGUGCCUAAAUAAAGACCCUGCUGAACGUCCAAGCGCCCACGAGCUCUUGUUCCAUCCCCUGUUGUUCGAAGUGCAUUCACUGAAGUUGCUUGCAGCGCAUUGUCUCGUCGAUUCAGCACCAAAUUUUUCGGAAACUAUUAUCGAUGAAAUGAUGCAGCGUCUUUACAAACCUGACGUUAUUCUUGCAGACAUAAAAGGGGACCGAGAAAUUUUGGAGUUCAAGCUAGCAGAUGUGCCGUCAGCGGAAAAGCUAGAAAAAUUCGUAGAAGAUGUUAAAUAUGGCAUUUAUCCAUUAACGGCAUUUGCUGCAAAAAAGCCACCUCAUGCACGGCCUAGAGCUAUUUCACCUGAGACAGCAGAAUCUGUUAAGUCCGUAACACCAGAACCAAUUGAUGUAGAAACUAGGAGAGUAGUAAAUAUGAUGUGUAGUGUUAAGCCAAGAGAAGAUAGCUGUGAUUUAUUAAUGACGAUAUUACUUCGAAUGGACGACAAAAUGAAUCGACAAUUGACGUGUCAAGUAUCUCAAGACGACUCGGCUAAUCUUCUUUCAAAUGAGCUCGUGCAUUUAGGUUUUAUUCACGAAACGGAUCGCGAGAAAAUCGCCGCACUGAUAGAAGACACGUUACGCAGUAGUUUCAAUAAACAGCAUCAGCUGCAUAUCAGUGCAUUGCAUCAAUCGUCGAAUGAAGCCAUGAAACAUUUUUCAACACAUCAAACAGGUAAUGAUCGAGGAUGGGUUGUUGCUGAUACAGAUUGCCCUUCGAAUACAUCGGGCGGGCCUUCGACGCCUGGUGAAUCACAUAGUAACGAAGAAUUAGAGGAUACUGUCAAAAAUGCUAUAGAGACUGAAAUUGCUUGCAAUGAAAAUAAAAAAGUACAGGAAGCCGCGAAUGAAAGUCAAACUUUGAAAACUGAGUGAUGAAAUAACUUUUCCUGAGACUAGACUAAUAACAAAUAUAUUAAUAAAUAAUUCUAUGUAAUAAACUCAACAGGAACCCUAGUGGACAAGAUUAAACGAGAAACAGCAUAUUAUAAAAAAAACAAACCUACAUAACGAGAAAUUCAAUAUCUUGAUCAACAACCAACCAGUUUAGUUUUAUAAAAAUAUAUUCCUCAUUUUAAUUAUUUUUCUAUUUAUUGUCAAAAUUUCUUGUGCUUUCCUUUUUUAAUUAUAAAUAAGAUAAAAGUUAGGAACAUAGCACUAAAGCUCUUUAACUAUUUGUUUGCUGGAUCAAACACGAGAAAAAUGAAGAUUACAAUCAAGACUUUGUUGUUAACUUUUUUUUUUUGAAUUUCGAAGUAACGAAAACAUACUUUGGAAGCUAGAACUACAAAAGAAAACAAUGAGAAAAAAAUAAAAUUUCAUGCAAGCAGUAUAAAUACAUUUCAUCCAUUUGAGAAA